AUGCCGGAUCCAGUACCACAAGUACAGCAGCCGAAUCAGAUGCUGAUGCAAAUACUUCAACAGCAGCAGCAGUUGAUGUCAAGGGACGAAACCAUUUUGGAUUCGCUUUCCAGCAACAUCAACGAGUUCGCCUACGAUCCAGAGCAGGGCUGUACCUUUGACUCUUGGUAUGCGCGAUAUGAAGACUUGUUCGACAAAGACGCCGAAAAACUGGAUGAUGCGGCAAAAGUCCGGUUAUUGAUGAGGAAAUUGAAUCCGCAAGCACAUGAACGGUUUACCAGUUUUAUUCUGCCUAAACUAUCGAAGGAACUAACCUUCAGUGAAACAAUUGCGAAAUUGAAAACGAUUUUCGGAUCCCCAGUUUCUGUGUUUCAUCGCCGUUAUUUGUGCCUUCAGACGGCAAAGGAUGAUUCCGAUGAUCUUGUGUCGUAUUCGUGCAAAGACAACAGUCUUGUUGAAAAGCAGCAGUCGCUCAGUCCUGUGAAUGCCGUUCAUGAAGAGCGGCCACCGAAACUCAGCAACAAACAAGGUGGCGGGGGUGCAGUUAACAACAAUCAACCCAGAACCCCAUGUUGGUCGUGUGGGGGCAUGCAUUUUUCUGCAGAUUGCCCAUUUCGUGAACAUCUGUGUCGGGAGUGUAAGAAGAAAGGCCAUAGAGAAGGAUAUUGUGCUUGUUUUUCGUCCGGCAACACCAGUGGCAAUAGCGAGAAGAAAAAGAAGAAGUACGGUGGGAAGAACAAAGAUGUGAAGAUAGUGUCGGUAAAGAAUAUUAGUCAGCAGAGAAAGUUUUCCGAAAUUGAAAUCAACCAGGUUCCAGUGCGAUUGCAGAUCGACUCUGCGUCGGAUAUUACAAUCAUCUCUGACGAAUGUUGGCGGCAAAUCGGACAACCUCAAGGAACAGCACCCUCCUGCAACGCUAAAUCUGCGUCUGGGGGUUCACUUGAGCUGGCCCUGGAAUUUGGGUGUGAUGUAAACAUCGUCGGGAAAACGAAGAGAGGUUUGUGUCGUGUGGCUUCACCCAAUCUCGAUCUUAACAUUUUGGGUUCCGACUGGAUUGAGCUUUUCGGGUUAUGGGACGUUCCUAUUAGUUCGUUCUGUAACAAAGUUAACAGUCAACAGGCCCGUACGGAUGAAUCUCUGCAAGCCCAGUUCCCAAAAGUUUUCUCAGAUGAAAUGGGACUCUGCUCAAAGACAAAAGUUCGACUGACACUCAAAGGAGAUCCCAAGCCAGUAUACCGUGCAAAACGUCCAGUUGCAUACAGUGUUCAAGGUGCGGUAGAAGACGAACUCCAACGAUUGCAGAAUUUGGGAAUUCUCCAACCAGUCGAUCACUCAGAUUGGGCAGCACCAAUUGUCGUUGUGCGCAAACCAAACGGUAGAGUCCGAAUUUGUGCCGAUUUUUCAACAGGCCUCAACGAUGUUUUGGAGUCGAAUCAGUGUCCGCUUCCCCUACCAGAAGACAUCUUCACCAAGGUGGCCGGAUGUAAGGUCUUCAGUCAUAUUGACCUCUUCGAUGCGUACCUUCAAGUGGAGGUGGACCCCCGGGAUCAACCUCUCCUGACAGUCAAUACCCACAGGGGACUUUUCCGUUAUACUCGUCUCACGCCUGGUAUCAAGUCAGCUCCGGGUGCUUUCCAGCAGAUAAUGGACGCAGUGGUGAGUGGCAUUAGAAGAGCUUGUGGUUAUUUGGAUGACGUGUUAGUUGGUGGCCGGACGAAAGAAGAACAUGACAAAAACCUAAAACAAGUGCUUAAACGUCUGGAAGAAUACGGAUUUACAGUGCGAAUAGGGAAGUGUAAGUUCAACAUGCAAGAAGUGGAAUACUUGGGGCAAAUUUUGGAUGGUGAUGGCAUCAGACCCGAUCCGGGCAAAACGUCAGCUAUCGCUUCCAUGCCACCGCCUCAAGAUGUGCCUUCACUUCGUUCAUACCUCGGAGCCGUUAGUUAUUAUGCAAAGUACAUUCCGGAAAUGCGAAAGCUACGGUUCCCGAUGGAUCAAUUGUUGAAGUCAGGAGCAAAGUGGAUUUGGUCAGGAGCAUGCCAGCGAUCAUUUAACCGAUUCCGUGAAAUUCUACAGUCACCGUUGGCGCUUACAGAUUAUAAUCCCAGCAUGGAGAUCAUAGUGUCAGCGGAUGCGUCAAAUUACGGAAUUGGAGCGCGCAUUGCCCACAAGCUGCCAGAUGGAUCAGUGAAGCCGAUAUCAUAUGCAUCAAGGAGUCUUACGCAAGCCGAGUUAAACUAA